AAGAAAAGUAAUAUAACAACAAGAGCAAUAAAAACGCUUGCAAAAGAAAUUUGCUACGCUGCCUGCCUGCCUCACGCUCCACGUUCGGGCUCGCCUCGCCGCUAACCGGAAGGACGGAAGGAAACGCUGUGCCGGGGACGAGGGCGAAGACGAAGACGACGAGGACUACUCACUCCUACUCCUCAUCCCUUUCUCUCUCAUCCGGGAAACAAGAAGAACUAUUUGCGCUGGCUCCCAUAGCACGUUCAACGCUGUCGCUGUCGAAAUCCGGAAUUAUUCAUCUUACCAUUAUUGGGAGUGUUUUAGCCGGCACACAAUCAUUGCUGCUCCACAACCAUAAAUAACAACAUGUAUCCCCAACCGGUGCGUCACCCCGCGGCCGGGGGACCACCACCUCAGGGCCCAAUCAAAUUUACCAUUGCCGAUACAUUGGAACGCAUCAAGGAGGAGUUCAAUUUUCUGCAGGCACAAUACCACAGCAUCAAAUUGGAGUGCGAGAAGCUGGCGAACGAGAAGACGGAGAUGCAGCGCCAUUAUGUUAUGUAUUAUGAGAUGUCCUAUGGCCUUAAUGUGGAGAUGCACAAACAAACGGAGAUCGCCAAGCGCCUCAAUACACUGAUCAAUCAGCUACUUCCAUUCCUACAGGCCGAUCAUCAGCAACAAGUGCUGCAGGCGGUGGAGCGUGCGAAGCAGGUCACCAUGCAGGAGCUCAAUCUGAUCAUUGGGCAUCAGCAGCAACAUGGAAUACAACAACUUUUACAGCAAAUACACGCACAGCAGGUGCCAGGCGGACCGCCACAGCCGAUGGGUGCACUGAAUCCGUUUGGUGCCUUGGGUGCCACCAUGGGACUGCCGCACGGGCCACAGGGUUUGCCCAAGGCGCCGCCAGACCAUCAUAGGCCGGACAUAAAGCCCACAGGGCUGGAUGGACCGGCAGGCGCCGAAGAGCGUUUGCGCAAUUCAGUUUCGCCAGCGGAUCGUGAGAAGUAUCGUACACGCUCGCCGCUGGACAUUGAGAAUGACUCGAAGCGUCGGAAAGAUGAAAAACAACUGCAAGACGAUGAAGGCGAGAAAAGCGAUCAAGAUUUAGUCGUAGAUGUUGCAAAUGAAAUGGAAUCCCACUCUCCACGUCCCAAUGGCGAGCAUGUGGAGGUACGCGAUCGUGAAAGCCUGAACGGCGAACGUCUGGAGAAGCCCAGCAGUAGUGGCAUCAAACAGGAACGUCCGCCCUCGCGCUCUGGCUCCAGCUCGUCACGUUCCACACCCAGCCUCAAGACAAAAGAUAUGGAAAAGCCGGGCACACCGGGCGCCAAGGCACGAACACCGACACCAAACGCUGCCGCACCAGCGCCGGGUGGCGUUAAUCCUAAACAAAUGAUGCCGCAGGGACCACCGCCAGCCGGAUAUCCGGGGGCACCGUAUCAGAGACCACAAGAUCCCUACCAGCGUCCACCAUCGGAUCCAGCCUAUGGACGACAGCCACCAAUGCCGUACGAUCCGCAUUCGCAUGUGCGAACAAAUGGCAUUCCACAUCCCUCAGCCCUGACGGGUGGAAAGCCUGCAUACUCUUUCCAUAUGAAUGGUGAGGGUAGCCUACAGCCGGUGCCAUUCCCGCCAGAUGCGCUGGUAGGCGUUGGUAUACCUCGGCACGCCCGUCAGAUCAAUACGUUAUCGCACGGCGAAGUCGUCUGCGCCGUGACAAUUUCAAAUCCUACAAAAUACGUUUACACGGGCGGCAAGGGGUGCGUCAAGGUCUGGGACAUCUCACAGCCGGGCAACAAGAACCCCGUCAGUCAGUUGGAUUGCCUGCAGCGAGACAAUUAUAUACGCUCGGUGAAGCUACUGCCCGAUGGCCGGACGCUGAUUGUGGGCGGCGAGGCAUCGAAUCUGUCGAUAUGGGACCUGGCCAGCCCAACGCCCAGGAUCAAGGCCGAACUAACCUCAGCGGCGCCCGCCUGCUAUGCGCUGGCCAUCAGCCCCGACUCGAAGGUGUGCUUCUCGUGCUGCAGCGACGGCAACAUUGCCGUGUGGGAUCUGCACAACGAGAUACUGGUACGCCAGUUCCAGGGACACACCGAUGGUGCCUCGUGCAUUGACAUCAGUCCGGAUGGCUCGCGAUUAUGGACGGGCGGUCUCGACAACACGGUGCGCUCGUGGGACCUGCGCGAGGGCCGCCAACUGCAGCAGCACGAUUUCAGUUCUCAAAUAUUCUCGCUUGGCUACUGUCCCACAGGUGACUGGCUGGCUGUGGGCAUGGAGAACUCACACGUGGAAGUAUUGCAUGCAUCGAAACCGGACAAGUAUCAACUGCAUCUGCACGAGAGCUGUGUUCUGUCGCUGCGAUUUGCCGCCUGCGGCAAAUGGUUCGUUUCAACCGGCAAAGACAACCUGCUUAACGCAUGGCGAACACCAUACGGUGCCAGCAUAUUCCAGUCGAAGGAAACAUCAUCCGUACUUAGCUGCGACAUAUCAACUGACGACAAAUACAUUGUGACGGGCUCGGGCGAUAAGAAGGCUACUGUCUACGAAGUUAUUUAUUAGAAGAUCCGAACCUACUCCACCACCACACAACACCACACCACACCACACCAAGCAGUUUUUUCAUUUUGUAAUAAGCGCGUAUAGUUUUUAUUACAUUACAAAAAAAACACACACACACACACACAACACACAGACACAAAAUGUUCGAACUCAUGCAAAUAGAAAAAGAAAACUUAAAACAAAAUGCAUCAGCAUCAAGCAUCCGCAGCAGCAAAAACAACAACAUCCAAAACAACAAAAGAAGAAUAAAGGCAGCACGAGCGAAGCAGAAAUGAGAAAGAGAGAAUUCUAUAAUAUAUAUACAAAACAAAACAAAACAAAAACAAAAACGAACGGAAAAAAAUAAAAAUUUAAGCGUACUUGUAGCUACUAAGCCUAAGCCUAAGUCCAAUAAAAACCAACAACACACACAAAUUGCAAGUAAAACAAAGAAGAAAACAAGAGCAAAUAAAUUGAUGAGCGAGCAACAGAAACGAGUAUAUAUGAAAAGAAAGUAAUAAUAAAUUAGAAAACAGAAAAACAGUCGGCGUUACCUAACCCCCACGUUCCAUCUAGACAGGAGAACCGAACCACUUAAUGAAUGGUGUGCCGGUUGUCUGUAUGGAUUAGUCAUUGCAAGUGCAGGAGCAGGAAGCGUUGAGAUUAUAUGAUACGACGAUAUGCUAGCUGAAGGAAAUGGAAGUAUCGAAGUGGAGUGCUUUUAGUUUUUGUUUUGAAAUGUGAAUGUUUGUUUUUUGUAAUUUAGCUGAGAAUCAGAUCAGGACAGGACAAGUAACUCGAUAUAAUGCAAACAAAACAAAUGUAAUUUUUAAGUUGCCCCAACCCCCCGCCCACUCCCUACCCCUCACACACACACACACACAUACAGACACACACAUUUGCAUUAAA